UUCAACAAAUAAAAAAAAGAAAGAAAGAAAUGUUAAGAGAAGAGAGGGAGAAACAGAGAAGGAGAGGAAAGGGGGGAAGGAGCCGAGCCGGCGCUGCUGAGUUUGUUACCACCGUCGCGUUGCUAUGCCGUCGGAAAGCCAGAACCGCAAGAGAAAUAACUGCGAAGAGAUAGGGAGACCACAUAAGCUCACCGCGAAGCCAGCGUCGUCGUCGUCCUCAUUGCGGGUUUGCACCGUCGCGUCUUGCCACCGCCGCCACCACUAAGCUUGCCGUCGUUGCCACUGAAGCCGAAGAGAGAGAGUGUGUUCGCGAAGAGAUGGAGAGCGCACGCUCACGAAGGAGAAGAACGACGAAGAGUGAAGGAGAAGCAGAAGACGAUGAACCCAGGGGAGAAGGAGGAGGUCCGUUCUCGCACCGUCCUGCUCUGCUGCCGUGGCUGCCGUCGAUUGGGGUCAAGGCCAUCGCCGUCGCACCCUGUUCCAGUUGCCAUUAGGGUUUUUUGCUGCUGCCAUUGAUAGCGCCGCCGCUGGGAGGAGCCGAAAGGGGAGAGGAGGUCGCCGUCAAACACGCCGCCACCAGUUACAACCGUCGCCGAAACCGGAACAGAUUCACUGAGCAGAAUCAGAGAGAACAGAAAGGAAGAAACAUUGGAAGAUUGAAAUGAGUAGGCAUAAGAGCAAAUGAGUGGUGGGUAUCCUGACAUGAAGCAGAAAACUAAAGACAAACAUGCUCUGUGUGCAGUGUUGUAAUGUUGUUGUGUUGUGUGUUCUGAAGCUCAGAACCACAUCUCAAAAAGUGGAAGGCCCAGAAGAUUGAUGUGUUGCAUUUUCUCACAUGCCAGGGCGUGUGGUGGAGGCUCAAUUACAGAGUCAGUUCAGAAGUUCAUCUGGGACCAUUGCCUUUCCACUCCUGGUGAUUUUUAUGCUCCUUACUUGAAGAUUUUUCUCAAGAAACUUAUAAGUGAAGUUGAGUUCGAUCAUAGCUAUGUUUUGGACUACUUGUACGAGCUUUAUGCUCAGUACAUGACAUCUUUCAAGGAUGAUAGUUUUGGCAAAAGAGAUACAAGAGUCUGCAAAAGAAUUUCGCAUAUUUUUCCUGAUGGUUAUUUUGAACUACAAAGCAAGCAACACUCAAGGGUGUUGGUGUUUACCUUACAGUAUUCUCUUAAUAUGCUUGAAGGUGAUACAGGGUGUUCCAUAUUGCCAUCGAAUCUGCUUCUAUCCGAGUUAAUACUUUCUCAUCCAUAUUUAUUUAGUGUUACUCAUACCUGGCCUCCCUGUGGUAGCUUUUCUUCUUCCCAGGUUUGUCUAAUUGAAUUGCUUUUAGUAAUUCCACAUAGUUAUUGGACGAAACAAGUUUAUUUUUUUGCCAUGGUGUCAUUUGCCAUUUCAUCCUUGGUGGUAUAUUUAGGAGGUUUGUUUAUUAAACUUUAUUUACUUUCAUCCUAUUUAAUAAGGCCUUAAAGUUUCUUGUCACUUCAACCAAAUCCAUGAAAGAAUUGCUUAAUGUUUUUUUUUAAUCUUUUUUUUAAGAAAAACAUAAAAGAAAACUCCAUCUUCCAAAUAAGGAAAGUGUGAAAGUUCAUCCCUAUCUUUAAUUGAGGAUUGAGUAUACAUAUGAUUGUGUAUCUAUUAUAACUUCAGGAAGAAAGCCAAGAGACGCAAGGAAUGAAAGGCACCUAUUUUUUAUUGGUAAAAUUUAGUAUUAAGAAUGUAAGAAGUAGGAGAGUAAAAAAAAGUGAGGAAGCAGAUGCUUCAAAGACUUAGUUGGUGUUUAUCUCAGUACUUACUUUUCUAUUUGACUACUAUUUGGUAGUCAGUGAGAUUUUUUCAAGACAGUAUGUUAGUACCACUUUCUUAUCGAUUCACUUGUUUGAAAAUUCAUUAAGUAACCAAAAGGCUUGCCACAGGAAUCCAUGAUAGAUCAUAACAUGGCAUUACGGAAAAAGUGAAGAUUUAUGUUGGUGCAAAUAUAUUAAAUUAGUGAGAUAUGCUCUUUUUUAACUUUGUUCAUGCAGAUUUGGACAUUCAAGAUUCUUAAUAUAUUCUUCUCUUGCCCAUGGCAUAAGGGAUCUCAUAGGGUUCUCUCUCCUUUUUUUGUUUUAUUUUAAUAUUUGUUUUUACAGGGGGCUAAGAAAAGAAUGUCAAAUGAUACACGGAAGGGGAGGAAAAGAGAUCCUCAUAACUUAUUUUUUGUGCCAUGGCAUCUUCUCCUCUUUAUGCUAGCCAAUGAAAUUUAAAUGUGUAGAGCUUACUUUUUGUUCCUUAUUAAUGAACAGUGAAAUUGCUCAUUUUAAAUGCAUUGUCCUCUUAGUCUUAUAGUGUGUGAUAUGAUCUCCUCUUGUACAUUCAGGAAGAAUUUUAUGAACUUAUAUUGCGGCUAUUUCAUAGGGCUCGUUGAUGCAUUAAAGUGUG